UGGUGUUUGCUUUGCUAGCAUGCUUGCAAGGACGGGACAGCAAAACGAGAUAAGGAAACAUUUAUCCAUCAACAUUAAUUUACAUUUCACUACGGAUACGUAGAGUUUGUGACCAUGUCAGACAGGAAGCGAUCUAGAGAGGAAAGAGACAGGAGAGAACAUAAAAGACACAAGGACGACAAGCACGAAGAGGAGAAACUCAGAAGACAUACAAAAAAACUUAACCUCGAAGUGAAGAAAAUCAAGCAUGUGGAGACUUUCUACGAAAACCCACCUCCCGGAUUCAUAAAGGAACAUGACGAGCGGCCCGAAGACUGCAUCCCCGACGAAGAUUGCAACCAGCAGGCACGAGAGUUCCUGGCCAGUGCUCCCACCAAGGGCCUGUGGAUGCCACUGGGGAAGGAGGUGAAAGUCAUGCAGUGCUGGAGAUGCAAGCGCUAUGGCCACAGGACAGGGGACAAAGAGUGUCCCUUCUUCAUCAAGGGAAACCAGAAACUGGAGCAGUUCAGGGUGGCCCACGAGGACCCCAUGUAUGACCUGAUCAGAGAGAAUAAACGCAACGAAAAGGAAAUGCGCAUCCAACAGCUCAAGCAGCUGUUACAGGACAGCACGUCUGACGACUCCGAUUCCAGCUCCUCUUCCUCAUCAUCAUCAUCAUCAUCAUCCUCUUCCUCCUCCUCCAGCCACAGUCACAGAAAGAGCAAGAAGAAGACGAAGGCCAAGGAGAAAGAGCGGGAGAGGGAGAGGGAGAAAAAGAAACGCGAGGAGAAGAAGAAAGGCAAACAAAAGAAGAAGAAUAAGAAGAGCGGUUCACACAAGCACAAGGCUAAGGCGAGCCGGACUGACUCAGACUGAGUGUGUGAACAGAGACACUCAACGAAACAGAAAAGGGCUGAAUGAGAAUGAGAAUUGGCCCUGGGGUGGGUGUGGAGAGACAACAGAGACCCCAGACACACAACAGAGAGAGAGAGAGAGACGGAGAGAUGAAGACACUUUGAGAAAGGGAUGGAGGCUUGAAACCCAAGAAGAAUAGUGGGUGGGUGGGCGAGCGAGAGGACAACAGGGAUUGUUUGGGGGGGAUUGUGUGUAUGUGUGUGUGUGUGUGUGUGUGUGUGUGUGUGUGUUUGUGCGUGUGUGUGUGGACGCACUAGGCCCGAAGUGUGUGUGUGUGCGGAGAGGCAAUGGGGAGUGUUAUGGGGGGUGGGUGCACAAGGCAGCUGCAAAGGGAGCUGACCUUUUAUGACUCCAGCCAGCAACCCCCCACACCCCUGACGACCCCCACGCCCUCACCCCUCUUUACCCUGGGGCCCUUCUCCUCCUCCUCCUCCUCCCAAACCACCUCCUCCUCCCCCCAAACCAUCUCCUCAUCAUCCUCCUCCUCCUCCUCCUCCCAAACCACCUCCUCCUCCUCAUCCCAAACCAUCUCCUCCUCCUCCUCCCCCCAAACCAUCUUCUCAUCAUCCUCCUCCUCCUCCUCCUCUUCCUCCUCCUCCCCCCAAACCAUCUCCUCAUCCUCCUCCUCCUCCUCCCAAACCACCUCCUCCUCCCCCCCAAACCAUCUCCUCAUCAUCAUCCUCCUCCUCCUCCUCCUCCUCCUCCUCCCAAACCAUCUCCUCCUCCUCCUCCUACUCCUCCUCCUGGCUUGGAGGUGAUGAAUAAUGCAUGCCCCUGUCUCCGCCUUCUACAGCAUAGCGGCUGGUGAGUGUUGCUGAGCUUGUUAUUAGACUUCUGCAUUUUAGACGUCACGUCAGGCAGACUCAUAAUAUAAGCUGCUGCUGCUGCCACUGCUACUGCUGUAAUAUCUGGAUGCCUGUAUUGCUGCAGCACAUUUUCAAAAUAAGAGACUGCGUGCACAUACUGUGUAAUAAAACACUGUAUCCAAGUUGCGGUCUCUUUGUUUUUUUGAAUAUAUAUAUAUAUAUUUUUUUGUUGUUGACCAUUUGUGUCGACACCCUUGUAACCUCCUCGAAUAAGAGUGAAACUCUCAGCUGUAAAAAAAUGACUCACCAAGGCCAGGUGCCGUGCACGGCAAAUCAAAUGUCCUCUUGAGAGAGAGAAAACGUGGAAGUCUGCACACACUGAAGUUCCACAACAAGGUUGAUUCGGUAACGCGCAAUGUUUUGAAAUGUUGUGAGUUUUAAUCCAAUAAGACCGACUGCAACAUCUGUGCAACACAAUCUACAAUUUGUUUUAGACCCCUUAGGUCUUACUAAACCAUGUCAUCAUACAGUUUCAGUGUUGGGAAGGAUUUCAUUUUUUUGCCUCAAGGGUCUGCACGGCAAUAAGAGUGUGUGACACCUCAGAUGCAGAGAUGAGGAUACCUAUAGAAGUCAGUGGAGGAUACUGUUGGAAUUGGAAGUAUCCCAACCGGGAUAGUAACGGAAACCUUUCUGUUUUUCAGUUCUUCAGAGACUAUUUAUUCAAACAAAGUGCUGUAAUAUUUAGAGUUGGUUACUGCAAUGCAGUAGCCCCCCUCUCUUUUCCAUAUUGCUUCAAUUUUUCCCACACCGUCCCCCUAUGCAGAGGCGCAUCUUGUCACCAGGCUAGCCAGGCAGCCGCUUGGGGCCCCUAAGCACCUAGAUAGUGAAUAACAGCUCACACUUAACUGCAGUAGUGGCGAGUUUGGUCCAAAUAUUAAUUCAAUUGCAUUCUCGCUUGGGGCCCCAUCUAACCCUAGAAUCGCUUCUGCCCUUAUGAACUAUUUUGUACCCGCACUGUAAGAAAGGGGAAAGGGAUAUGAAUUGCUGUCAAGCCGAUUGAGCGAAUGACUGAACUGAACAAUUGAGUGAAUGACUAAAUAAAUAAACAAAUUGAAAAUGA